AUGCGCAGCUCCACUCCGACUCAAUUUCAGUCGUCGAGGAUGCCGAUUUCGAGUAGCAACUCACACUCUAAUUCCCCAACUUUCGGAAAUUUGAUGCCAGAACCUCGCGCAGCGCCCUUUCAGCAACGUCCGUCAUACCAAGCCCCACGACCAGCACAGUACGAGACCUCUCAGUACCCGAAGCUAGCACAUGAAUAUGGACGACCUCCCGUCACAAGCUCAUAUGAAUAUGGGCGCCCUCCCGUCACAGGCUCAUAUCCGGCGCCAGCGCCAGCAUUCGGCAAUGAUUCGACAGUCAUCACCACCACCAGGCACAAGAGCAGUUGGAUUGAAGAAGCUAGGGAAAGCACUCUUAAUUUCAAGAAGAAUGGCUCGCCUGUACCGCUUGUAUGGAUCUUAGUCGAGGAUAAAUCUAUUCCACCUAACGCUGUCCCUUUCGGCGAAGACCGCAAUGGACAGGCGCUCUUCAUUGCACGUGUUCAUUUAGAGGGUGGUCUCCAUCUUGGAAAGGUUGGCUAUCACACCUCAGGUGCUCUGGUCAGCUACGUCGGCAAGGAGCACUUGAUCGAAAAAUACGAGGUUCUAGUAUGCGCAUCUCAGCUUCGCUGGGGUCUAGCAUCUCAGGAUGCGACGGGAAGUUUAGUUCCGGGUACCGUCGUCCUCGCUCGUCAGCAACAGGGGAGACAAGAGCUCAAGCGCACUGCAAGCAGUGUGUGGUCGCGGGAGACUCGAGAGACUCGGGAGUCUCGGGAGUCUACAUCGGUCCUUCAGACUACCUUCCACGUAGAUGAAAUUCCUCGCUUUAAUCCCUCUUUUCUGAUACAGGAGGAAGAACUACGACGCGUGGCUGAGUACAAAACGGUUAUCCUGAUCGAUGAUUCCAUCUCGAUGGCCGAAGGUGAUUCUUGGAACCAAGUGCGAGAGGCUCUAGGUGGCAUCGUCGACAUCGCCAUACAAUAUGGAUCCAAAGGGCUCGACCUCCACUUCAUGCACCAGACUCAGUUUGCCGAAAAUAUGAGGUCUCGAUUCGAUGUCGAGAAACUUUUCGAUCAGCUCAGCCCCACUGGUGAGGACACACCGACGGGAGUGAGACUCGAACAGCUCAUUGAGAUGUACUUGCCACUCAUCGAGCACCCGAGCUCAACUCAUGAACCGAUUUCUGUCAUUGUCAUCACCGAUGGAGCCGCUACCGACAGUGAUGAGUUAUUGCGAUGCAUCGUUGAGGCCGCCAGUCGCCUUGACAGGCAGCAGGUUCCUCUCGAGAAAUUUGGUAUCCAGUUCGUCCAGAUCGGCACGGAUCAAGAUGCUGCAAGGGCGCUCCAUGUGUUGGACGACGAACUUUCUGACCGUUACAAAAUUCGAGACAUCGUCGACACCACUCCCUUCGAUCCUUCUAAUGGCGCGUUCAACACGGACUACAUGAUCAAGAUCCUCAUUGGAAGUCUGCACCAGGAGGCUGACAAUAGGGCCGCUGAAAUGCCCUUACCAGAGAGGAAGCCCCCAACCUUGGCGAUGCCUGGCUAUGACAGGCAUCCAUCUCCUAUUCCCAGAUCUGCCUCUCCACAAGUGCCUGCUGGUGGCCUACGCCCCAGAGGGUAUUAA